UCCCAUUCACACGAGCGUCUGUGGCUGGGAGUGGCGGGUUCCCGCCACAGAGUGGCGCCACUGAGUCGCUCGUAGCCAUUCAUACGGGCCACUCGGUGGCGCGUUUUUCAUUCGUCAGUGCUGAGUGCACGCACUUGGAGCUUGUGUGUGGUUUUUCAACAACGUUGCAACAUGACAUCGUUUGAUACAGACCGUUUUAUCAUAGAAAUCCAGCGACGACCCGCUCUGUGGGAUAGCAGAUGUGCUGAUUACGGCAGUCGAAUGAUAAAAGCAAAGGCAUGGGCUGACAUUUGUGAAAAUUUCUUUGACAACUUCCAAGAAAUGGAUUCAGGAAACAAAUAUAAAGCAGCUGUUGAACUGCAGAGGAAAUGGAAGAGUUUAAGAAAUUCCUUCAGGAGGGAGCUGGCAAUAUCCAAAAAACUGAAGUCUGGCUCUGCAGCAGACACCGGCAGAAAAGAAUACAUGUACUUCCAGAAGCUUUCUUUCUUGCUGCCCAUUUGUCACGACACCAAGUCACAAACUGAGGGCGCUUCCGAUUCCGACUGUUGUGCACAACAGGACAGUAACCCAGAGAUUGCUGCGGGUCCUUCUCGUCCUGUUCACCAAACUAGGAAGAGGAAAUCAACAAGUUCUUCAAGUUCAUCAAGUGAGGACCUUCUUUUACAGACUCUCGCCAAAAAUAUUGAGAGGAAAAUAAAGGGGCCUGAGGAUGCUGACAGACAUUUCUUACUUAGUCUUCUACCUCACUUCAAAAGUAUCUCAGACAAUAUGAAGUUGGAGCUUCAAGGAGAAUUUUUAGCUGUGCUGAGUAAGUACAGACAGCGGACUGUAUCAGCCAGACAGCAAUUUUCGCCUACACCAACUGAAGUCUCUGACCCCAGCUCAGCUCCAUAAUUUCUGCAAUCCAUUUCUUUCCCAUACAUGUACAUCUACAACACAAGGCUGGUAGUGCCAAAUCUAGUCUGACCAACUGUCCAACAGAUACCAACUGAGCUUCGUUCAGUUGACACAAUUUCAGCUUCCCAAGCCACCCCCCCCCCCCCCGGGGUGGUGCUACUGACUGAAUGUCUUUAAAGGCUAUUCCCAAAGGGGGGACAUUAACCAUGUUCUUAUGCACAGUAGAAUUGUAAUUGUAAAUGGGCCAAUUCAUCAAUGACAUGCUCAUAACUCUGUGCCUGAACUGCAACAGGGAACUGCUGCUUUUUCUUUCCUAAUCCUUACUAUCGUCAUUUCCCUCUACUUC